AUGAUGGGGUACUGGAAUGGUAUGUUCUUUCCAUUAAGUAUGACAACACUGCAUCGUUCAAGAAUAUACGCCGAUGUCAAUGCAAAUCGUUCAGUGGAGGCAUUGGACCAAAGAUUUUUUUAUAUCCACUGGUCAAAAAUAAGGUACUGGAUCUAUGGAGAAGUUGGAAAAGGGGGCUUUGGUGCUGUUUACAAAUGCAGGAGGAUGAACGAUGGUCAAAUAUGCGCAGCUAAGGUGUGGUCGAGAAGGAAGUGUUUCGAUGACUUUAAAAAUGAGCUAAUGUUGCUUACGAGGCUUCAAAGAUUUCCAAACAUCAUCAGGCUAUUUGGAGCCGUCAAAAUGACUUAUGUAAGUGUUGGCGGUCCGGCAUUAAUUUUAGAAUACAUUGAUCCCAGCGGAUAUCGAAAAAUGGCUUGUAAAGCCAAUCCUGACGAAAUUCGCUUCUAUAUGCGCGAGCUACUAAUUGCCAUUGAUGUAUGCCAUCGAAAUGGCAUUAUGCAUCGCGAUAUCAAGCCUGAUAACCUUUUAAUAGAUCUCAACAGGCGAAGACUCCGAUUAAUUGACUUUAGUUCAGCUAAAUACUACAUUCCAGAAUUAAGCUAUUCAUUGCAUGUUGGCACAAGGAAUUAUCAAGCUCCUGAAUUGCUGCUUGGAUACAGGACCUAUGAUUAUUCCCUCGAUAUGUUCGCAUUUGGUUGUGUGUUUGCCGAGCUCAUUUUCAAUUAUGAGAGAUUUUUCAAUGGCGAGGAUAGAAGCGAUGCCCUGUUGGAGAUUAUGCAGACACUGGGCACUCCAAGCUUACAGGUGUAUUUGAGUAAGUAUAACAUUACUAUAGGACACGAGGUGAGGCGAAUUCUUAGACCCUACGCGCCAACACCCUUUUACGAAUUUGUGAACUCUCACAAUGAGCACAUUGUUACCGCGAAUUCUUUGAAUUUGCUCGAAAAUUUGCUCAAAUAUGAUCAUCGAGUACGCUUUACCGCCAAAGAGGCAUUAGACCAUCCAUACUUCAAAGAACGCUGA